GGGUACCAGCAGGGGACGUAGUUUCUCCAUGGAGCCUGGGAGGAAAUUCUUUUACCAGCCUGGCUUCGUCUUUUUAGCCGCUCGUAGAACUACGUAACGAAUUACGAUCAACUGGGCGGGUUUUGCAGGCUGAAAAACCAGGAAAUUUUUUUUUCUGAUGGGGAGCAGUUGCGAGGAUUUUGUUUCGCCCUUCCUACGCUUAGCUGCGGGGAAAUCUCAUGUGGUGUGACUUGAUGCACACGGCAAAUUAACUUUCUCUAACAGAGCGUUUUUAGUAUUGUCAGUCUCUUUCGAAUGGACUGUGGGAGGAAACUCCGAGAAAGUUAGAAAUCAUAGCUCCUAAGGAAAUCUGCCAUCAUGGAAGACAGUGAUAGCAUGACAUUUCGCAGACAGCUUCUGGUUGUCGAUGAAAACCUGGGUCAGGAGGAUGUGGAAGCUCUUAAAUUUCUCUGUAGUGACUGGAUCCCCCUAAAGAAGCUGGAGACUGUAAAAUCUGCACAGGACAUUUUCCAGCUACUGAUCAAUAAAGACUUACUAAGUCAGGAGAACAUAUUUGUUGUUGCAGAACUUCUUUACAGAAUGAAGAUUAACUUCCUGCUCCCUAAAAUUGGCUACACCAAAGAGCUAGUUCAAGCAGAGCUGUCUGUGAAAGGCAAAGUCUCUGAAUACCGACAGAUGCUGUAUGAAAUAUCAGAAGGGCUCACUAAGGAAGAUGUGAAGACUGCCACAUUCCUUCUGAAGGACCAUCUUCCAAAGAAGCACUCUACAGUGUCCUCCCUAGAACUGCUGGUGUCCAUGGAGAAGCAAGACCUUUUAGAAGAAGACAACUUGGAAACACUGGAAAAAAUCUGUCUCAAAAUAUCACCUGACCUCCUGAGGAAAUUGGAGACAUUCAAAGAAAGAAAAGCAUUGAAACAGAAAAGCAAAGAAACUGCACUCUCCUCUGUGCGUGGAUUUAAAGAAUCAUCUUUCGGAAACAUUUCAAUUCAGGAACCGUCUGUUGAACAGCUACCAAGGAGUCACGAUUCUUACACUACAGAAACUGGGAGCUUGAGGGAACAUACUGAAAGUAUGUAUUCUUCAGCUGAAAAUCAGGAUGUCAGAGUAGGAAAUGGGUUUGUCUGCUCAGGAGCCGGCUCACAACCACCUAUGGCAUAUGAUGAAUCCAAGACUCCAGCAGAGAAGUCGGCUCUCUAUAAACUGGAUGGCAAACACAGAGGAUACUGCCUUAUUUUUAAUAAUAUCAAUUUUAAGGGUCUUGGAAAAAGGAAUGGAUCUCAGAAAGAUGCCACGGAACUGCAACGUGUGUUUACAUGGCUUGGGCUAGAUGUGAAAAGAUACGAUGACAAGACAUCAACAGAAAUUAAAGAACUUUUGAAGGAUUGGCAAUCUUCUCAAAGCUGGAAAGACAGGGAUUGCCUAAUCUGCUGCAUUCUGUCUCAUGGCAAAUCUGGAAUGAUUUAUGGGACAGACGGAUGUCUUAUUUCCAUCCGUAGCAUCAUGGCCCAUUUCACAGCCAACCAGUGCCCACUGCUGGCUAAGAAGCCCAAACUCUUUUUCAUCCAGGCAUGUCAAGGGGAGAAGUCACAGCAGCCUGUCUACCUUGAAACAGACGCCCAUGAUACUGUCUUGCUUGGAGCAGAUGCCCAAAGUUCCGGAUUUGUCUCGUCAGAACAGCUGACUUCAAGUAUACCAGCAGAAGCAGACUUCCUUCUUGGCAUGGCCACAGUGGAUGGAUAUCUCUCUUUCCGGCAUGUGCAGCAGGGAGCAUGGUAUAUUCAGGCCCUUUGUGACAAGUUGUGCUGCCUGGUACCCAGAGGAGAAGACAUCUUGUCUAUUCUUACAGAAGUCAAUGCAGAUGUGAGCAGACGUGCAGACAGUCGAGGGCUAAGAAAACAGAUGCCACAACCAGCCUAUACCCUCAGGAAAAAACUGAUAUUCCCUAUCCCCAAAGAACUUCCUCCAUCAUUGGAACAGCUGCAGUAGCAAUUAUGGGGGAGAUUUGAUCAAGGAUUGCUGGUGACCACGAGACACCUGCUUUUGUUGGUAGAGAUGAUGAAUAAAGUACCACCUUUUUGCCCUUUCAUUCACAUGUUUUGCACACAUGAAACAUUUUCCCUGGCAUUUAUCAUGGAGAAGUUUCAUAGGUUCUUUUUUGUGGUCACACAUGUGGCUCACUUUUCCUUCUGAUAUUGCAGGCUUUUCCUCUUUGAGGAAGUCUGUCAACCUUUCGUCUGUUCUGUACAUUUCUUCUCUACAGUCUUUCUGCCAUCUGUUUUCUCCUUUAUUUUCACACAAAUAGCGUGUUCCUCUGUUUGUUUUUUUAUCAUGGUUAGUCUAGGUUUGAACUUCCCUUUAACUUCUUGGAUCUUCCAGAAGAGGUUUUAUCCUCUUUUGUUGUUAUAUCUCUUUGUACAGAUCAUUCUAAUAGUUCUUCUGGUCUUUCUGUGAUAGUCACUGAAAAGUUGUUUUCAGGAUUCUGAUCCUACUUCUGUCACCUUUUGCAUUUGUUUCUUGCCCGUCCUUAGCAACUGUGUGUCUUCUGUCAUCCAUCUAGGCCAGUGGUAGCAAACCUAUGGCUUGCAUGCCGCAGCAGGCACACAGAGCCCUCUCUCUCUGCCAGUACGCAAGCCAAGUCGCCCCAGCUGCUGAGCAUCAGAUAACAGCGCACAUAGGGGCCAUGGGCAUGCUCGGGAAGGAGUAGCGGCGCCAGGCAAUGAUGCCAUGAGCCACGACUCGUUAGCUUCAACUUGUCCGAGCUUUCGCAUGGCCAGUCAGUGCGCUGUCAAGGAUAUUUAUAUAUUUGCUUGGACUGGCUGUGAGUUGUUUUUUUCUAAACUAAAACCUCAGUAUUCAGGUUUUAUUGCAGUUUUACUUUGAGAUAAAUAAGUGGGUUUUGGGUUGCAGUUUGGGUACUUGGUCUCUAAAAGGUUUGCCAUCGCUGCUCUAGGCUUUUUCUUUUUUUUUUUUUUUUUUUGCUGCAUGAAUUGUCUUUUGGUGUUCUUUCCUAAUAUUUCUGGUUUCAGUCAAUUAAGUUGGGCAAUGCAAAUUUGUUAUGUGGAUUUGAAGUUGCUCAGGGAUGUUACUUAAGUUGUAUUUUGGCACUUUGAUUCUGUUGGCAAUCUUUUUUACCUUGACUCUGAUUUUUUAUAUUAAGGGUUCAUGGUCCUUUCUGCAAUUUAUUCCUAGUCUUUCUUUGGCAACAAGAAUGCAGCUUCUCUAUCUUCUGCUUCCAGUUAUGUAGUCUAUUUGAUUUCUGUAUUGACCAUCUGGUGAUUUCCGUAUAUACAGUUGACUGGUACACUGUUUGAAGUAUGUGUUUGUGAUAAAUAGAUUGUUGGCUUCACAAGAAUCUAUUUUGCUCCUUUUCUUAUCUCCAGACCAAAUUUCCCUACUACAUUUGAUUCUGCUUUGUUUACUACUUUUGUGUUCCAGUCACCUAGGAUUAUUACCAUGUCUAGUUUUGGUGAGUUAUCAGUUUAUCAAACCUGCAUAAAAGUUUUUGAUUUCUUCUUUAA